UCCGGUUUAUGAAACGUUAAUGGUUUGGGCUUUUGUUUAAGUAUUUUCUGUAAUUGCAAAAUAUUUGUGUUUUAAUUCGUUUCUUUAAAGUCUUUUGCACUUCCAGUCCACCAUACAAACCAUUGCUUUAGAGAAGAGAAUGUUAAGAAAACAAUUGUCAAAGUGGGUGUGCUAAUAAAGUGUGGCGGUUCAAAGUGUCAGCUGCUUGGUGUGACGUCACAUUCAAUGGCGGCUGACGUCCCACGGAAAGACUCUUUACGCCUUUUAAAUGCUGCUUUUUAACACUUGACAGAUUAUAUUCCGUGUCUGGAUCUGAUCAUGGAAGCCGUGUUGUUCGCGGAGGAGCAAUCAGAGAGACAAGUGUGUGUUGUCGGCUCGGAGUUGGUGGAAAACUACACGGUCUACGUCAUCGAGGUGACGGAUGGAAACCACAGAUGGACUGUGAAGCAUCGCUACAGUGACUUUCAUGACCUCCAUGAGAAGUUGACAGCCGAGAACAAUGUAGACCGGCGGCUGCUGCCCCCAAAGAAGAUAUUGGGAAAGAACUCCAAGAGUCUUGUGGAGCGUCGGCAGAAAGAUCUGGAGCUCUACUUGCAGACGCUGCUCCAGCAGUUCCCACAAGCCACGCCAACCGCCCUGGCCACAUUUUUGCACUUUCACCUUUACGAGAUUAACGGCAUCACGGCGGCGCUGGCUGUGGAGUUGUUUCAUAAAGGUGAGCAGUUGCUGCAGGCGGGCGAGGUGUUUUCCCUGCGUCCUCUGCAGCUUCACGCCGUCUCCCAGCAGCUCCGUCUGGCCAAACCCACAUGCUGCAACGGGGAUGCCAAGACCGACCUGGGACACAUCCUGGACUUCACCUGCAGGCUGCGCUACCUCAAGAUCUCCGGGACCGCAGGUCCAGUAGGAACCAGUAACAUCCUGGAGAGCAGUCUUCCUUUUGACCUCUCUUUUUUCAAAUCACUGCUGCAGAUCGAGAUCAGCGAGUGCAGCGCUCAGCAAAUUGAAGGUUUGGCGUCUCUGAGGUCAACUCUGUCCACUCUGAACAUCCACCAUUCCACAGACACAAUGAUGCUGGUCCUUGUCCCGGAAGGGAGCGAGUUCUCACAGUGGAAAGCAGAGGGGGCGGAGUCCGACUGCCCCGUGACCGCCGUUGUUCCCCUGUGGCGAAACCUGACCACGCUGGACAUGAGCCAGAACGCCAUCAGCAGCGUAGACGACUCCAUGAAACUAAUACCCAAGGUAGAAUUUCUCGAUCUGAGCCACAACCAGCUCUCCUCCGUGGAGAACCUGCAGCACCUGUACAACCUGGUCCACGUGGAUCUGUCCUACAACAAGCUGUGCAUACUGGAGGCGGCUCACACGCGUCUGGGCAACAUCAAGACUCUCAGUCUGGCCGGAAACCAACUGGACCGACUGACGGGCCUCAGUAAACUCUACUCUCUGGUCGACUUGGACCUCAGCCACAACCAGCUGGCCCAGUUGGAGGAAAUCAAAAACAUCGGCGCGCUGCCCUGUCUGGAGAAACUCAACCUGUCUUCCAACCCCAUGUGCAUUAUUCCGGACUACAGAACCAAAGUCCUGGCCCAGUUUGGAGACCGUGCAGCAGAGGUCUGUCUGGACAGCAACGUGACAACAGAGAAGGAGUUGGACACAGUGGAAGUGUUAAAAGCCAUUCAAAAAGCCAAAGAAGUCAAAGACCGGAUGAGCAGCAGUGAUAAAAAGAUCAGUGAGGAGACCGGGCUGUCUGCUGACGCACUUCCUCGCCUCUCUCCCCCUUCCUCUUCCUCUUGCCGCACCUUUGUUGUCGCCCCUCCCUCUUUCACCUUCUCCUCCAUACCCUCCUUUUCCUGUCCGGCCCGGCAGGCUGCCUGCGCCAGCCAAGAAGUGACAAGCAGAGAAGAAAGCGCCGUUCCGCCCAGUGUUCUCCCCCCCGGCACAAACCUCACGUCUGCUGACGCCACCCAGGACCGAGAUCCUGCUGGCCUUGUCUCAGACCACGCCCACUGUGAUACAACUGUAACUGUCUGCUGCACGUGCUCCUCUUCCUCAACCCGACCAGUUGAAGCCACCUGCGCCAGCUGCAGCGCCACCUGGUGUCCUCUCCUCCCUCCUCACCUGCUGUCCUUCACCACCAGCAACCAAAACUUCACCACUCUGCUUUCCAGGCGCCUCCACGCUGCUCUGAAGGAGCAGCAGAAGGCAAAGAUGGACGCGGAGAGGAAGGAGGAGGGGUGUCAAUCCACAGAGGGUUCUUCCCAUGUGGAAGGCACAGAAGUGGGCUCGCUAAGUGUAGACUCCAGAGACGGCUACUUUGAGAUGGGACUGGACGAUUCCUUUCAGGAGACUGACUACCUCUCGUCCACGCCGGACCCCUGUGCUGGGGAUGGGCCAGAAAUGGACGUCCAGGUCAACAGUGUUGUGUGGUGCUACUGUCUCAAGGUGCAAGAGGAGGCCAUGGAGCAGAAGAUCGUGUGUCUGGUGCUGAUGGAAGGGCUACUCGGCCUGCUGCACUCGACACAUGACAUCAAAGACGCCAAUCAGGAAGCAAAAGAAGACCAGUGUCCUUCCACCGAGGAAGUACUGUCCAGUCUCCAGGUGGACCUUCUUCUGCCUUUCUCCCAGCUCCUGCUCUCCUCACACGCCGAGCUUCCUGCUUCCUGUCUGGCCUUCAGGCUCCAGUGCAGUCCCACUGGCUAUUAUCUCUUCUCCGGAGCCCAGGAGCUCCAGUCAGCCACCAGCGAGCUGAAAAGACUGAUGCAGGCAGAAGAAUGUCAGCCUGACUCCGAGGUGCCCACGACCCCUCAGCUCCUCCCUCGCUCCCUCCUCAACUCAUGGGAGCUGGAGGAGAGUCAGGGAGUCCAGGGAGGCUACCUGACUCUCUUCCUAUCCUCAUCUUCCUCCAUCACCUCACACCCACUUCUGUCAGAUAUUUUGUCCGACACGAAGGGGCCUACCUGCCCCUCUCUCCUCUUCCUCACUCACCGACACCUGUGGGUGCUCAAGAUGGAGUUCAGAGCGCCAUCUACCUCUUCCGGGUGCAGGCUGGUCCGUGUGCCCCUGGGCUCUGUGGUGCUUCACCCCAACGAGAGACCGUCUCACGUGGAGGAGAGAUCAGGCAGCGACUUCUGCCAGGACCCAACACACCGCCGCAGGCGGAGCCACACAGUGGAGCUGCUGCUGUGCGGUCAGAGGCUGCUGCUGCUUUUCCCGCUGGGCCGAGACAAAAGCUCCUUCCUGGGGGAACUGAGUCAGCGAAGGGGAGGUCUGGAGGGGCUGAAGCUGGUGGCGCUGCCCGCUUCCUGCAAAUGUUGGCCACACCAUGGCGGAGGAGGUCCCUGCAGAACCGGUGAGCAAUGCUGUUGUACAUGCAGCAGAAAAUCACACCGCACCAAGAGCUCCUUGUGUGUCACGCUGGAAGAGAACCAACCGUCCUCCCACCUCACCCCGGGUCUCUCCCCAGGCCUGAAGCUCCUGGCUGGGCUUGCUGGGGAUCAGCUGCUGACUUACUUCCACAGAUACAUCGCGCUGUCGGAGGCAGAGGAGGCGAGACAAGUCUUGUGGUUGUCUGUGGUCCUCUACACGUCUCCAGAGGCUGAACUCACCUGCUGUCUGUUGCUCUCCACUGAUAGCAUCUACUUCCUGUUGGAAGACUCCGCCGCCACACGCCACUGCCUGCCAGCCAUGGAUGUGACAGAUCCAGAUCUUAAUGUCUGUUUCUGCUGCUGUCUAACAAUCAGACUCUCCGAGCUGCUUUCUGUCAACGUUGGAUUGUUCGAUCAGUACUUCAGGCUCGUAGGUUGUUCAGCCGAGCAUAUCGUGUGCUGUCUGAGCAGGGACAGUUACGGCACCGGGGUCUUUUUGCAAGAACUGAUGUCCGCGCUCAGUCUGCGUCAGCAGCUUCCUGCUCCCGAGCCCCCUGAGCAGGACUUCUACUCGCAGUUCACCAACACAAGCACAGGUAAGAUGCAUAACUACGAGCUGGUCCACUGCAGCAGGGUGAAGUUCGUCUAUCCCAGCGAGGAGGAGAUGGGAGACCUGACCUUCAUCGUGGCCGAGAGGAAGACCCCGGCGAACACGGCGUCUUCGGCCUCGCGGUCCUUCAAUGUUCUGCUGUACCUGCUGGUCUUUCAGGUCCAGAUGUCAAACGACCAGGCCCUCACAGGCUCCUCCUCAUUCCCUAGCUCCGCCCCCUCCCCCGUCCUCCAGCCUCGGACCUUGAUUUUGACCAGUACAGAUGUCUUCCUGUUGGACGAAGACUAUGUCAGCUAUCCCCUUCCGGACUUUGCUAAGGAGCCGCCCUCCAGGGAACGCUACCAGCUGCGUGAAGCUCGGAGGAUCCGGGACUUGGACCGGAUCCUGCUGGGUUACCAGACGUACCCCCAGGCUCUGACCUUGGUGUUUGACGACCUGCCAGGCCCGGACCUGCUCUGCCACCUGACCAUGGACCACUUUGCCGCCGACGGGGAGGAGGCGCCCCCGGCCUGCGGGGGCGGGGGAGCGGAGGGCGAGGUGCAGUGGUGCGUCUUUGUCCCGGGAGCCGACAGCAGGGAGAGGCUGAUCUCGCUCCUGGCUCGCCAGUGGGAGGCGCUGUGCAGCCGGGAGCUCCCCGUGGAGCUCACAGGCUGAUUGCGCCUCCUCGGCCACACGUGACGGAGAUAAUCACCUCCCUGCUGCUCGCAGCUGCAUUCAAAGCCGUUUGGCUCCGUAAUGACCUCCGCGGCCGGUCCACAGAGGAGCUUGUUGCCAUGGCGACGAGACGCAUCCUCUCUGAAUUUGAGGGAAUGAAUGCCCCGACCCCAUAAACCACUGCCAAGUUCGGAAAUCACGUCCUGUGGCUUAGCAUCAGGAACACCCCACUCGCCACUCGCCACAGACAUUAUUAAGCACCACUUCCACACCUUCUAUCCCUUUUCAUCUUUCAGCGAGCACGAGGGGAACUUUUAGAAGAAAAGGAAAUACGUGGCAGGUGCCUCGGUCGCGCUUUUAAAAAAAAAAAGCCACCAGGAGGAAAGAGCGUGGCUCCGCCCACCCGCCAAUCGCCACUUUUGUCGCACGACACAAGACGCCGACUUCUUUCUCGCACCGAGACGUAUUCCUAUGUCUUCAUCAGGUCAUCACGCGGACUUUUCCCCGCAAAACUGGAUUUUUAACAGCCUCACCAGGUUUUAAACCUUAAUUUGGAAUGAAUAUUUAGUCUAUUUUAGCACAAACUGGAUGGGAGAAAACAAGCCAGUUGCUUGUAGCCAAGACUGUACAUCCACAGUCUUUAUUUAAAUCAUGUCAAGUUAUAACCAAUAAAUGACUUUUCUAUUAUUUA